AUAGGAAAACCGUGCAGGAGUAGUCUCAUUACUGUAUCUGAGUAAUGCAAAAUCGAAGACGGGAGUGUGAAGAAUUACUGCUACUAUUACGUCCAUGGCUAUGUUAUAGUCAUACAUAAUUAUGGCAACUGCAGCAAAAUCUGUACUUCAGGAUAUGCCUCCGAAGGGAGGAUAUGCCCCUUAUCAAAUUGAAAGAAUUCCACUACGUACUGUUAUUGGAGGUCGUCUUGGAAUAGCACUCUACUUAACUUCUACAUUUGGAGGAUUAUAUCUAUAUGGUCUAAGUUAUAAACAAAUUAAAAUGAAUGCGCUUGAAAUGAAAAGUGCACGCCAUGCUCUACAGCCACUGUUGGAAGCAGAAAGAGAUAGAGCGAUACUAAAACAUAUGAGACUUAUACGGGAGAAAGAAGCUGAGUUAAUGAAAAAUUUGCCAGGAUGGAAAGUUGGACAAUUCUUCGACGAACCGGUAUAUAUGACGUUCCCAGAAGAUACAUAUAUUGAACCCACUUGGCGGGAACUAACAAUUUAUUCAGACCUCAAAACACUCAACUCGCUUGCAAGUAACAUUAUGUUAUAAAUUUGAAUUUAUGUGUUAAAAAGUAAUACAUUGUAAAAUAAAUAGACACAAAUAAUAAUAAAGUUAUACUCGUACAAAUAUA